AUGACUUUCACAUUGCAAGCAACUAACAAGCUUUUCAGGUCAGGAUUAAAUACAUUCAAGGACUUAAAUCACGAUGAUGAUGAUUCAGAAGAUGACAAAACUAAUACGAAUUUCUUCACAGGAGGAGAGAAGUCGGGAUUGCAAGUUGAAGAUCCUAGGAAGAACAAAGAUAAUGACAAGUCUAUAAUUGAUCAAAUUUUUCAGAAGGCAAGGGAACAGAUGGAUCAAGCGGACGACCGUCCCUCCGCUCAGCAAGAAGAAAAUGGGGCUCCAAAAUUUUCUGGUUCUGGCUUUAAACUAGGUGACGGCGUGCAGCCUUCGGAAGAGGUGGUGGACCCAUUCAGUAACAUUCCACAGCGUCCAAAGAAAGUAAACAGAGAAAUAACAUUUUGGAGACAAGGUUUUACCGUGGGAGGCGGCCCUCUUCAUAGAUAUGAUGAUCCUAAUAAUGCGACCGUUUUACAAGAACUAAAUAGAGGUAGAGUUCCUAUGUCUUUGCUUGAUAUCGAAUUUGGACAAGAUGUCGAUGUGUCUGUAUUUAGAAAGACUGAAGAAGACUGGGUGCCCCCAAAGAGAAAAGCAGGUGGGUUCCAUGGGCAAGGACAAAGGUUAGGAUCACCAGUACCUGGCGAAGCCAGUCCACAACCUUCAGAAGUCUUAAAAGUGGUAUCCGAACCCGAAACAAAAUCGGACAGCGAAGGUGAGGGUGAUACAUUGGUUCAAAUCAGAUUUGCAAAUGGCAAAAAGAUAUCUCAUAAGUUCAAUUCAACUGACUCCAUUGCUGAUGUAUAUGCGUUUGUUAGAAAUCAUGACUUCAAUGAAUCAGAUAAACCGUUUAUAUUGAGCCAUGCAUUUCCUGUCAAGCCAAUAGAAGAAUCCAAAGAAACUACUGUUAGCGACGCUAAGUUGAAAAAUGCAGUGAUUGUACAGAGAUGGGCUUAA